AACCGAAUUCAUCAAUUCGAGACUUACAACAGCAAAACUUAAGACCACGUUCUAUAUCACCUGAAUCUAUGUUGAUUGAAACAGAUUCGCAUACAUUACCGAAUAAUGACGAAGAGAUAGCACGUCCAUCAAAAUUAGGAAUAACCACUGGCGAAAGUGUAGACCAUUCACAACAUCAAUCAAUUGGACAAACAUCAGCAUCUUCUCGGCAGUUUGAAUGGAAUGGAAAUCGUUGGGAUUCUCAAGAAGAACCGACAACAUAUUUUUCAGAUAACCCGAAAGAAAAAAUCACAGAGAUAAUCGAUGAAAAUGAAAAUUUAGGAUAUCAACCGAAUAUGAUGAAUG